AUAACCUGUCCGCUGCUUCUCUGGUUCUCUCCCUUCUUCCUUCGGGCUCCAACAGUACUCUGUAGCAGCGCCGCCCACCGUCGACCUUCCAUUGGUGGUGAGGGGUGACUCCUCCACCCUUCCCCCGUCACGGCCAGAACAGAAGAUUAGGAUUUCGACGGUCGGUUUGUGUGUAUGUGGAGAAUGGGUACCGACAGCACUACCGGCCAUCCGUUGUCGAUUUCUUGUUCGCCGGUGACUUACGGCCAUUCCCCAUCAGGUUUCAUGUGGUUUAUUCGAUGAUUUUGAGAAGAUUUGCAGAAGGAGAUUAGCUGGUCAUAAUUAGUGCAGGAGGAAGAACCCUGCCGAUUCUGCUACUAGGAAUCAUUCUCAAGGCUACAAGGAAUCCUUUAUUUUCAAGUGCCAACUAGUUCAAUGUCACACAGUUUUGUGGACCCGGUCCUGAUGACAACGUGGAAUCUUUUGGAGGCACAUCUAACUCCACAAAUGUUUGUCCAGUCCAGGCAUGUCCAACCCAAAAUUUCUAUGAAUAAAGUUGGAUAUCGUUUAAAAAGCCCUAGCAUCUCUAUGUUUCUGCCAUACGUUUCAUGCUUUUAUUUAUCUUAUGUCUGACCUUGAUUUGGAUCUUGAUGUCAUGCUGGCAUCAAUUGCUGCUCUACUUGUAGUUUCUUCUCUCAUUGAAGAGUGCAUACUGAAGAGUAUAGUAAAAUUAACUAAAAACAUCUGUGUAAGUACCCUUGUUUUUGUUCAUGCAUUGGCAUGUGUAAAUGGUUUUCUAGUGUUCAGGACUUUAAGUUGCACAUAAUUAGUUUGACUUGGAGAUGUUUCCUUUAUCCCUUUUUCAGUGCUAAAACUUGAGUUGAUUGUAGAAACGUUAGCUUUGGUUAUUCACAUGUAAGCCGUUUAGUGGGUCAAGGUCUAAUUUGAUUUGAGUUCCAUAUGGAAAUAAUUGGUUAUCAACAACAACAUUGUGAUGGUUGGGGUUAUUUGGGGUAUUGGAUUUUGGUAUCAUAAAAAUGAGACCUUAGCUUACGAUGCUUCCUUUUUUACUGAUGUUUUAUCCUUCUUUUUGUGCUUUUAGUGUUUUUUGAUAGAAGAACUUAACUCAAACCAUUUGUGAAACUUUCAAUCGGUUGAAUACCCAACUUUUCUAGAACCCGUCACCCUUAAACCAACCUUUUGUAUAGAAGACCCUACUUUUAUGGGAGAUUUGGUGAAGUUCAUUCUUUUAACCAGCCAAGUUUUACAUUCAACCAUCUCUUUAGGGAGUAUAGUUCAUUUCUCUUGGUGAUAUGCCAUUUGAUGUCAAGAACUUUUGUGAAAGAGAAACUUUUCAGUUUUGAUAAAAACAUUUUGGAAGUGUUUUCUCACACGAUGAUGUGCCUUGAUUUAUUCUUAGUACCUUCCAAGUGGAAGGUAGAAAUUUCAAGUUCUUGUUGUCCAUCGACGGAAGAGGAAAAUUGAAAAAAAUCCUGGAUUUGAGCAUUGAAGAAAAAUCCUAUGAAGUUGAGAAAGUCAAGACUAGGAAAUGCUAUUGACUCUGGCGAUCAAACGUCUGCAAGGAUUUAGCAAAAACAUAUCUUGACGGAGAAGCCAAAAUGCUCUAUAAGAUCUUGGCAGGUAGCAAAAUGAGAGUUGAGAGAUGGGCUCGGGGCUUGUGUAGUCGUUCCUCUGAGUCAAUAAUCGAGAGUACCGGGUAGGCAUAAAGGUGAUUUAUGUCUAUUUCGCGAAGAUAAUGACUUACGAACCUUUGGCUCGUUGAAAACCUGUAAGGUGAAGCGGGUUGGACACGUGACAAAGCUAUACAUAACCACCAAAGCGGUGGAGCUUCGUAGUAGCCUUUGGGGUGGUGAGGUAUUCCCUCAAAGGUGAAGGUCGGCCCAAAAAAAAAAAAAAUCAAACACAAGAAAAAAAGAUUGAAAGGCAAAAAGCCGAAUGCAAAAGAAAAAAAUGAAGAAAAAACAAGAAAAAAACAAAAUGUGUCUGCCAAGAGAUGAAAUACAUGAAGGCUGAACUCGCAAGAAUUGAAUGCGACAAUCUUUCGUGGAUGUACAAUUUUGGGGUCAAUAUCUGCUCCUUUUUUUGAUUAUCUAGGAUGUCGAGGAUGAUUCCUUUUUAUUCAUAUUCUGGAAAUUGAAAGACAUUUCCUCUAGAGAUUGGACAACAUUGAUGCGAAAUAAAACCUAAUGCUUGUAUGGUACUGAAAGUACACCAAGGUUAUAUUAUUUGCACAACACGAGCACUCAAGCCUAUGAGUUGAAUUGAUCAUUUUUUAACUAUUUCGAAAUUUAAAGUAAAAACUUGACGUCUCUUGUAUGUUUCUAGACUUCCUAGGCAUAGUAAAAACUAACCAAUCCCCUUUGGUCUUAAAAGUUUUUGCCCAUUUCAUUACCAAAUUUCUGGUCCUUCCUUGAAAUAGAUGAAACCCCUCAAACCUAGUCCAACCAUGCUGAGCGUGAUGAAUUAUCCAUCAUUUCCUGUUUAGUCCAUCUUAACUGCAUAACCCAAACUUAAUGUUUUUCUUUUCAAAAGCACUAGGUGAUAUUUUUCAAAAGUUCUUCGAAGUUGCAUAGCGGUAUGUCCUUGGCUUCACUUUUUUGUUUUUUGUGAGUUAUAUAAAUUUCAUCUGUUUCCUCUUUAUUCUUUGUUCCAUUCUAGCUGCAGUUAAAAUCUUUUUGGUAGUAUAGUUCUGUAAUAAAAGGAUUUUUAUUACAGCCGUAUUUUUAAACUGGCUCCACCCAUGUCUGUAUCCAUGCAUUUUUAUGUCAUCAAUCUAGGGCUUUUUUUUUUUUUAUUCCUUUCGAACUUGGCUGGUCCCUUUAUUUUUAUUUUAAUUUACAUGUGACUGGACAUGAUCCUUAAUUGUCUUUUGGUUGUCUUUUAUUUCCAAGAGGCGUCUACCUGGUGGAUGCUUGAUUUCUCAUUUUGGAUCUGAGAGCGUAUUUAGACAAUGCAGCUACAUCUCAAAAGCCAUAUGCUGUUUUGGAAGUUCUCCAUGAUUAUGUGAGGGAUACAGCUGGAAUGGUCACCACAAUAUUCAUUACUUAAGGUGUAGUGGGCUAUGACGAGAAUAUAAUCAGGGUCUCUCUAUCAGAUCUCAACAACCUGGAAUUGCUGCCACACCCCUAACUGUGCCUUUAUAAUCAGGCUGGUAAAGCAUCUAAUUAGGCUGCAUGAACUUAAACCAUGAGAAGAGAAUUCGUUUUGUUGAUACUCUAGCCAUCUAGAAUCUGCAAUACAGCAUCAAGCAUCAGAUGGAACAGACCUACACGCAAUGGUGCGAAAUUGGAUGAGGCUGCUGUUGACAAGGUCUUCACAAAGUCACUUCAAAACUACAUGAGUUGGUGUAACUAUUUGGGUAUUCAUCCUGCAUGGAACAAUCUGGAUCUCAGCAAGGAGAAGAAGAUAACACUGAUUUCCUUGUACUUCUUGAUCUGGGGGGAAGCUGCAAACAUCAGAUUCUUGCCUGAGUGCUUAUGUUACAUUUUUCAUCAUUUGUGAAGCCAUUAGUUUUGGAUGGAACUGCCAAAUCCCAUGAACUGUUUCUUGCUUAUGAUCAUAUUUCACUGUCAAAGCUUGAACCACCAUUGGUUCUGCAGGAGUUUGUGAACCAUGGUGGUGUACUUUUUAAAGUCUAUGUUGUUGGGGAGACCUUUAAGGUUGUGAGACGCUUUUCUUUGCCAGAUGUCGAACAGUCAAAUAAUGUUGGACUUGUUCCGCUUCCAAGGGUUUCUUUUACUGCAGCUUCAACUGUUGGUGCUUAUUUGGAUCCACACGUUUUAGACCUUCCUCCAUUUCCACUGAUUGAGAAACUUGCAGGAGAACUCCGCCAGAGGUUGGGUCUCCUACUGUUCAAUAUUGACAUAAUGCGAGAGCAUGGUUCUGGAGACAACUUUUACGUCAUUGACAUUAACUACUUCCCUGAAAUGGGAACCUUUAUCACCUCAACAGCACCAUGGGAGUUCAAUUGUUGAAGUAUAUCAGAUCAUAGAGGAGAUGCAACGGAUGCCUAGAACAUGACAAGGCUUUCUUCAUGCACUCAAUGGUAGACUUGGGAAAAGGAUGAACACCCUCUCGGUGCCACUAGAACUAGUGUGUUGUAUUUCACAGGCAGAUUUUUCUGACAAAAAAUCAUAUCUAAAAUUGCAGAAAAGGCAGGUUUGUGGUCUGUAGAUUCUUCAUGGUGUAGUUGUGAGAUCUUCUUUUCCAAUCUAGGAGUGAACUUUUGCUUUUUCUGUUUUUCUUUAGUAGUUAAAUAUACUAGAAGAGGACUGCGAUGCCAUACGUUGAGUCAGACAGUCCUUUUGACAAAGAUUGAAGAAUAUGAGGUAUUGCCCCUGCACUUGCAGGUGGUGAUCUUACAGGUGAUGUCUAUCACUAGGCAGAUG